CACAGUCCCCUUUCCUCGCUUCUGAGCCAGUGUUAAAGGCCGUAAUGGCUGGCUGCUCUUCGAUGGAAGCUGUCCUUGGAGACCUGGAGCUGCUGCGGGAGAUAUUCAUGCGAGUUGACGGUGCGGCGGACUUGGUUCGAGCGGCCGCUGUAUCCCCGACGUGGUGUGCCGCGGCGAAGCUGCCAGGCUUCCUCCUGGCCUUCCGGGAAAGGUUCGCCCCUCCCCUCAUAGGGUAUGCGGUGGAGUUCGAUCAUAUCCUGUGGAAUUUUUCGUGCUACUUUGCUUUCACUGGUAUCGGGCGUGGCCUCGCGCAAGCUUCGCAGACUGUGGCGCAGCACUUCAUGGACCCCGAGCGGAGCAUCAUUGCUCUGGUCUCCGGCGACUCCGGGCUAAUGGCGAAGGAGCAACUGCCAAACCCUAGCUACAUGGUGAUACACCCAGUGGGGGCGUCGGGCCGAUGGGCGCGGCCCUGCCUCUGUCUCCUACGGUGGCCGCGGCGACGCCCAACACCUGGGGGCACUUCGCGAAGGCGGGGGGCGAGCACGGUUUCUUCAUGCGGGAUCCGGCAGCCGACUUCGAGUUGACGCCGCAAGGCGUUUCAAUGCAUGACCACUUGGACGUUCAUUACCACGUGAACGUGUUCACUGAAGGCGGGUGGCACCACGCCAUAUCGGGAGCCAUGCACGGUGGCAACGACGUGCGUUUCCUCCAGCGACCGUAUGCCGUGGUGGUGAAUGCCGUCAUGUACAUGGUGUACGUGGUCGGCAGGGUUGUGGCGUACAACGCCAACGAGCACACGUUCGACGCCGUUGAGUUGCCGGGAGACUUCGCCGUCGUCCCAGACGCUGGAGGUACGGACUACAGAGUCACACGGACCACGUCCGGUGAGCUGUGCAUCGCUCAGACCUAAGGCGUUCGCGUGCGUGUAUGGGACCGCGAACCAACGGGUGGGUGGGUGGAGAGGUACUCCGUGUCGAUUCCUGAUAUGUUUGGUGUCCCAAGCACGAAUGUUAUGUGGAUCAGAGUGGCGCCGGAAGGGGGGAUCGACUUCCCAAUAUGGGACACCCAGUUCUUCUGUAUCAACCUGGUGGCUGUUGACGAGGGUGCUCGUCGUCUCUUCAUGAGUUUCGGCUUCGACACCCAGGUGUACUGCAUCGACAUGGAGGCUGGUCGGGUGCUCGACCUCUUCGACUCAACCCAGCACGCUUUCAUGAGCAACAUAGUCCCCGUGACAGUCGCAUGGCUGCCCCGUUUCCCCGCUCAUGUUUGAAGAAUGGUCAUCCUAGUAGUGGGUUGGAUGCAUGGCUUCUAUCCCGCGCUGUGAUUGCGCCAUUUAUUUCCUAUGUAAUGUUGUACCAGAAGGAUAGUUGCAGUACCA